UGAUAGCCAAGAAUAAGCAUUGUUCUGGGCUCCUUGCAAGAGACUUCAUUUUAGAAGUCUUAAAUUCCACCUGUCAUUUCUUCGCUUUACAAAAAUGUCGAGACGAACCGUUCCAACGAUCCGUGAACGCCUUGAAGGCAUGUCAGUGAAGCAACGGAUCGGAAUUGUGCUCGGAGGUUUGGUUGCCCUCGCCUUCAUCAUUACGUUUUUUACCUUUGAACGACAGAUAUUUCAACUUUUGGAGCCGGCUGUUAUAUAUUUUCGCAAAUCAAGCGCCGGGAUGUGGGUGAUGGCGUGCGUCAUGUGCGCAACAUGUAUCUUUCCUCUAUUCGGCUACGGUGUUGUAUCAAUGGUGUGUGGUUAUGUUUUCGGCAUGCCAAAAGGAUUCAUACCAGCUUUUGUCGGUGACAUUGUAGGCGCAUCAGCGGGUUUUUGGUUGUACCGCCUUGCUUUCCGGAAAUAUAUUUAUCGCAAAUUCAAUGAUAACAUUGAUUUCAGGGAAAUGUCCAAAGCGGUCAGCAAGGAUGGUAUAUUUGUACUAUUUUUGAUCCGUCUCUCAUCAUUUCCUUUCGCGGUCUUGAACGCCUAUUUCGGCUCCAUGACAAAAUUGCCUUACUACAAAUUCAUUCUCGCCACGACUCUUUCCACGCCGCGCUUGUUCCUCCCCAUUUUCAUUGGGCAUAAUCUUUCAAGCCUCGCUAACCCAGAUAUAACUGGAACGGAUCGUGUCUUGAAGUGGGUAGGGAAUAUUCUGGGGAUCAUCAUUGCUCUAGGAGUGGGCUGGUAUAUCUAUCGACACACAAAUAGAAGGAUCGAGAGAAUUAAUGCAGGGCUUGCAGCAGAAGAAGGCGAAGAGGACAAUGAGUUCGAAGAACGCUACCGACAACAGCAUUUAGAACAUGCGAUCUAUACAUCACAAAGUCCGGUCCAAGGCGGGGCUCCAUUUAAUCCAGCCGAACCUUUGGACAAACACAAGCAUAGUAGCACCUCUGACAUCACUGUCAGCAUGGAAGAGCUGGAGAUCCUUCAAACGUCAGCUUCCGGUCAGGUACGCUCCGCAGAAACAAUUGUUGAGACUAUAGACUCUCAGCAGGGGAAAACGAAUCAAAAUUAGAAAUGAUAUACGUUCAGCUAAUAAUAAACGAUCACUAUUUCUAAAUAAAUCAG